AUGUCCCAAGCGAAACCCCGCAUUCUUUUCUUCAACCCUAUUCGUCACGCCACCACUGAGUAUGAAGCUCUCAAAACCGUCGCUGCUCCUGAAGUGGUCACGAGCGCAUCGCGAGCAGAAUUCUUCAAGGACCUGAGAAGCAAGUACCAUGAUGUUGCUGGAAAGUUCGACGAGGAAUUCAUUAGUCAACUACCGUCUUCCCUCAAGUACAUAUGCCACACAGGAGCUGGCUAUGACCAGAUCGACGUAGAUGCCUGCAGCAAGCGAAACAUUGCGGUCACCUAUGCACCCGACCCGGUCACCAACGCUACUGCUGACCUGACGAUCUUCCUUCUUCUCGGGGCCCUCCGCCAAGUGAAUCCUGGCUUAAGCAACUUGCGAAGGGGAGACUUCAAGAAGGGUCUCGACUUUGGCCAUGAUCCCCAGGGCAAGACACUAGGCAUCCUCGGAAUGGGCCGCAUUGGGCGUGCAGUCAAGCAUCGGGCGGAGCCGUUUGGCCUCCACGCCAUCUACCAUAACCGCAAGCCACUCUCAGACGAGCUCGCUGCCGGAACCCCUUACGUCUCAUUCGAUGAGCUUCUCCGCACGAGCGACAUCAUUUCUGUCCAUGUUCCUCUCUCAGCGGCGACUACCCAUCUGAUAGGGCCGGAGGAGAUUGCCAAAAUGAAGCCCGGUGUGGUGAUUAUCAACACUGCUCGAGGUGCAGUCAUUGACGAAGCUGCCAUGGCCGCCGCGCUUGACGAAGGCCAUGUUGCUGCUGUCGGACUGGAUGUUUACGAGAAGGAGCCCGUUGUUGAUGAGAGAUUGGUUAAGAACGAGCGCGCAUUGCUCGUGCCUCACAUGGGAACACACACUCACGAGACCCUGAAGCAGAUGGAAUUGCUGGGUAUGGAAAACGCUAGGCGGGGUGUGUGCGGGGAAGAGCUGUUGACGGUUGUCCCUGAGCAACUUGGCGCCUGA